CUGCUGAUUUUUUGUUUCGCUCGCGGCGCCAGCUUUCCGUUUCCUGUUGGAUUCAGGAGGUGACAGAAGAUUCAGCAAUUAUGGAAAUCGACACACUUCUGGAAGCUUUCAAAGAUUUUGAGAAGAAAGGGAAGAAGGAUGUGUGUCCCGUGCUGGACCAGUUUCUGUGUCAUGUCGCCAAGACCGGAGAGACAGUGAUUCAGUGGUCACAGUUUAAAAGCUACUUCCUCUUUAAACUGGAGAAGGUUAUGGAUGACUUCCGAGCAUCCACCCCAGAACAGCGUGGGCCAGCGAAUCCGAAUGUGGAGUACAUUCCCUUCGAAGAGAUGAAGGAGAGGAUACUUAAGAUUGUAGAUGGUUACAAUGGAAUCCCCUUCACUAUCCAGCGUUUGUGUGAACUUCUCACUGAGCCCAAGCGGAACUACACAGGAACAGACAAAUUCCUCCGAGGGGUUGAGAAGAAUGUAAUGGUGGUCAGCUGUGUCUACCCUUCUUCUGAAAAAAAUGGGUCCAGUAAUGUGAGCAGAAUGAAUGGGGUCAUGUUUCCUGGGAAUUCGUCCACGUACACAGACAGAAAUGUGAAUGGGCCCGGCACACCCCGGCCGUUGACUCGGCCCAAGCUGUCGCUCGCCAGUUCCCUGGCCACCAAUGGCCUUCCUGACAGCACAGAGAACAAGGAGAUGCCCACGGAGCAGGGGGAGAAGCCCAUGAGUGAUUCCUCGAUAUCAGAAGCAGAUGGUGCUCUGGGAAGUACUGUGAAGAACAAGCACCCAGAGGGUGAAGAUGCUAUGGAGGCCGAACAGCACGAGGCAAAGAGGCUGAAGUUUGAUAAAGAUGAAGACGAGGAAGAGGAGGAGGAGGAGGAGAAUGAAGGCGAGGAGAACGAGGAGGCAGCGGCCAAAGGGUCUCGAAGCCCUGUGCCAGCAGAGAGCUCUUGUGACCGACCGGAAUCAUCUUCCGACCUCCUUACUGAGGAAGCGAACAGCAAAGCUGCAGACAUCCUGGUGUCUGAGGAUCAGGAGCCAUCCAGCACACAGUCGGAGCCCCUUUCAGAUGAGAGCAUGGAGAAGGCUGACAGGGAGGCGUUGCCAGGCUCCACUCCCACCUCUGAGGAUGGAAGCGAAAUGGACCAAUCAGAACAGCCCAGUCGACCCACAGAUGUUACGGAAGCAGAUGUCCGGGACGAUGGACAGAACAGUGACCUGGUCAGCAGCAGCAGCAGCAGUAGCAGCAGCAGCAGCAGUGAGGAAGGAGAGGCCAGUGAGGAGUCCCUUUCCGCCUCUCCCAGCAGCACAGCAGAGGGCACUGUGGAGACGAGUGAGCCUUGGCGACCAAAGACCUCAGAAACUGUUGAUGAACCCAUGGAGCAGGACUAGCCCACACCGGCGUCUCUCUCCUGAGAGCUACGCGCUUCUGAUUUUUACACUGUAUCAUACAACAACAAUAAGAUCUGGUAGUCAGUAGACCUUUCGUUUCCCUGGAGAGGACGGCCCUAUAUCGGGGCCCCCGAAGAGAGAUCCUCGGGGCCCCUUCCGCCUUGUAUGAUCCGCCUCCCCACAGCCACGCAUCACUUUGUGUACAGGUUUUUAUUUGGAAUUAAAAGUUUUUAAACUGGAAGGUUACCAUUUUGGCUUUUUUGGAAGCUGUCGACGUUUCUUUACUCAAAGCUAUUCCCCCUCCCCUGUUCAGGCCUUUUUAAGGGCCAGUACUUCAGAACGUCCCAUCUUGCGUCCUUUACCAAGGGAUCGAUUUGGCUCGUGUCCACUUGUAAAUCCUGCAGAGCUUCUCUGUUCCCAUCAAGUUGCCCUGUUAUUUUUAUCUCAGUUUAGCAAGAUGGUGCCACUGUAGCGCAGAACCCCCAGACCUGUGGGUUCCCGAUCGGUCCCAGCGGAGCGUGGAGCCCCCCGGGCCCUUCCCCACCGCCUACGGCCCAGCACUCGCACACAUUCCAGGACAGCAGACAGACCUGCGGCCCGGGACCCGCGCUCUCCCAGACUCCGGAUGCACGUGCAGCCUGAAGCGUUUGAAGCCCGAUGGCCGGCUGAGCUGUGCGUUGGGCGCGCUGUGUAGCAGAUGCCCCUGGUGCUCAGAGGAUCGUUGUUCCCCAGCUGGACGGGUGUGUGAGAGCUUCUCUUCAUGUUGUCUUGCGUUGUCCUAACCCCUCCUCCUUUCCAGUCAUACUGCUCACGUAUGCGGUCGACUGCAUUGAACUUGGUGUAGUACCGUUAGCUCGUAAAGUCACAUGCGCAGUCUUUAAUUUCAGAACUCAUUAAACCACAGUAAUUUAUAUAAAACUUUUGAACUGAAUAACCUAUUUUUUUUAAACUUACUUUGGCAGCCAGUAUAAGUGUCUGAAACCAGCUGGCAACCUUGUUUGUUUUUUUUUUUUAUUUUUUU